UUUUUUACAAUACAUGAUACAAUCUAGAACUGAGGAAAGAAGUUCACUACAUUCUGCAACAAAAAGAUCCCUGUAACAGACAAAACUCCGACCACCACCACGUGGCUGAUCACCUCCUCUUCUUUCUCCUUCAAAAUUAUUUUUCUAAACACGGUAACGUAACCCUCCAUAAAUACUGCACUUCAUUCUCCCUUGCUAACUUCCUCCCUUUAUAUAUAUAAUAAGCAUACAAAUCCUCUCCCUCUCUCGUUUUUUCUUCUUUUUCGGGAUAUUACUGUUUUCAUGGCGAAGAGUAUCUUGGUUACCGGCGGUGCCGGUUACAUAGGGAGCCAUACGGUGCUGCAGCUUUUACUUGGCGGUUACAGCAUCGUGGUUGUUGAUAAUCUCGACAACUCCUCUGAUAUUGCUCUUAAAAGAGUUAAAGAACUCGCCGGUGAUUUCGGUAAAAACCUCGUCUUUCACCAGGUUGAUCUCCGGGAUAAGCCAGCACUGGAAAAAAUUUUUGCCAGGACAAAAUUUGAUGCUGUCAUUCACUUUGCUGGGCUGAAAGCGGUUGGUGAGAGUGUGCAGAAACCAUUGCUUUACUUUAACAACAAUCUCAUUGGAACAAUUACCCUGCUAGAAGUUAUGACUUCCCAUGGAUGCAAGCAGUUGGUGUUUUCAUCUUCGGCUACUGUUUAUGGUUGCCCAAAGGAGGUUCCAUGUACAGAAGAGUUUCCUUUGUCUGCUGCCAGCCCAUACGGAAGAACCAAGCUCUUCAUUGAAGGGAUCUGCUGUGAUAUCCACCGUUCAGACUCUGAAUGGAAGAUCAUUUUGCUUAGAUACUUCAAUCCAGUUGGUGCACAUCCAAGUGGUCAUAUUGGUGAGGAUCCACUUGGAAUUCCAAACAAUCUCAUGCCCUAUGUGCAGCAAGUUGCUGUUGGCAGGCGGCCUCAUCUAACCGUUUAUGGAACUGAUUAUUCAACUAAAGAUGGCACUGGGGUACGUGAUUACAUUCAUGUUGUUGAUUUAGCGGAUGGGCACAUUGCUGCAUUGCGUAAGCUCUCUGAUGCUAAUAUAGGUUGUGAAGUGUACAACUUGGGAACAGGAAAAGGUACAUCCGUUCUGGAGAUGGUUGCGGCAUUUGAAAAGGCAUCUAGAAAGAAAAUUCCCCUUGUAAUGGCCGCUCGGCGACCUGGUGAUGCUGAAAUUGUGUAUGCAGCAACAGAGAAGGCAGAACGUGAAUUGAAUUGGAAGGCAAAAUAUGGCAUUGAUGAGAUGUGUAGGGAUCAAUGGAACUGGGCCGGCAAGAACCCUUAUGGCUAUGGAUCUUCUGACAGCACUAACUAAAGUUCAUACCCGUAUCUAUCACAGACUGAUAUUAUCCUAGAAUAAGCUGCCGUGCCAUGCUGGGUUGCUUCUGUUUAAAAGGUUCAAUUUGUUGUCCCUAUUGUGGAAUAGGGACAAUUUUUGUAAGAUAACAUAUCGAUAUUCACUCUCUAACGAAGAACCCUUUUCUAA